AUGUCGGAUGGUUUGUGCAAACGUUCGUGCAAUCCUGUUACAGGUGUACAUUUAACAAACAAAGACAAUGAUGACAAUCAACGACGCCGGCGAUCAGUCCUAGAUGAUCCAUCGACAACACCCUCAACAGCUCGUACUAGUCAAAAAGCAGAACAGAUAUGCAAUGUAUACAUUGAUAAUUUUGUUAAUACACCUCUGGGAUCAAAUUUGACUGACAAAAACAUUGCUAAUGCAAAGAGUGCAUGUACAGUUGAUGUUACCGCGACCGGUAGUGCACAAUUUGCAAAAUCGAAUAUUGCCAUUCUGGUUAUUCAAGCAAUAACAGCUGAUUCAUCAACAUUUAGUAAUCUAAGUGAAAGUCUUUCCACUAAACUUGAACAAGCACUAGAUGACGCUAAUGAGACAAUGACAUUAUCAGAACAACAAGUUGAAGAGAUCAUAAAUCCAACUACUUCAACAACUUCCACAACGUCCUCCACUACAUCGAAAACUACUUCAACAACAGCGCCACCUAUUCGUAACGUCGAUGCCGUGAUAGGUUUAUCUCAAGUUGAGAAUGUGAAACCAGCAUGCAAACUGUCAACGGUAGCCAAUUCCCAGUCUUUAUUUUUAAAUAUAUCUGCCGAUUAUGACGCCGCAUGUGGAGCACAAUCUCGACGUUCAUUAAUUAGUUUCAGUGAACUGGAUGCUGUAUUAACCACGAAUCGACAACUGAAAUCUGUUUCACUUAAAUUGUAUGGCCCAUCAGUUAAUGAAACAGGAGACGGUGGUAAUUGGGCUUAUGGUACAACAGGUAUAACAAACGAAGUUUACAUACGUCGGGUAUUAGCCAGUUGGACAACAAGUGUUACAUGGGCAACUCAGCCGUCGACAACAACAACAAAUCAAGUUUUGAUACCGGCUUCAACACAAGAAUGGAAUUACAAUGUUACCUUGGAUAUAACACAUUUAGUCAACGAUAUAAAGACAUUGCGGAAAAAUUAUGGUUUUAAAUUACAGUUACCGUCAGAAAAUUUCGAUAAACAUCAAGAUUACCAAUAUCGACCAAUCUUUGAACAAGAUUUGUUUGGUAAAUGUAAUAAUACUCCAAGAUUAGAUAUGGCCAAACAAUCUUGUCAGAAAAUCACACAAUACGAACAAUGUAUAUUCGAUGUGCUUGUUACAAACGAUACAACAAUGAGUCAGAUACAUAUGGAGUUCCAUACAAACAUUGAUAAUUGGAGAGAAUUUGCUAAUCUAGUUCAACAAGACAACAAAAACGGUGUUAGUAAUGCUUUACAUUCAACAACAGAAGAGUUGUGUCAAGACAGAACACCGUCAUUAGAAGAAUUGAAAAUAGCCUUGAGGCAAAUGAAAAAUCGUAAAGCUCCUGGAAAUGACGAUGUAUCUGCUGACAUUUUGAAAGCAGGAGGACUGCAGGUCCUAAUUGAAGCAGGCGUGUCUGGCAUUCAUUUGGCCUAUGGAAGUAAUGAUUUCCAUCAUGGCGCCAACGAGAAAUAUGAAGAUUUCGAAAUACUAACUCUAAUGUAUGCGGAUGAUUUAGUGACUAUAUGUAAUAGCAUGCAGGAUUUGGAAAAAUUCAUUCAGGUUGAUAGCCCGGUUUAUAUUGAUAACUAA